UCCGUGCGACUCUCAAAAGUGCAGAUGUCCCUGUAUGAAAAGUACCUGGAGCUGUCAGGGGUGACCACCAACCUGACACAAAAACCAAGGGGGCGCAACUCUUGAAGGACUAUCAGGCCCUCAUGAGGAUAUGGACCCACCCCUGGGUGCUGAAACUUGACGAGAUCCGACAAGAGAAUAAGCGUCAGUUUGAUGACAGCAAGGAUUCUUUCAUAAAGGAUGAAGACAGUAAGGCUGAAGACUUAUUUAUAAAUGACUCCACCACGUCGGAUGAGGAUGAUAACGUUAUGUCCGACGACUCGACGAAGAAAUCCAAAAAGGAGGGUGCGGGAUCCUCGUGUAUGGACGAAGAUGACAUGGGGUACGGCGGCCCCCAAGGAGCUCACCUCCGAGUGGUGGGCGGAGUUUGUCAAGGAGGAAGAUAAGUACAAGCUGGAGCUCUCUGGCAAGCUCAAACUGCUCUUCGAGAUACUCAAGAUGUGUGAGGACAUAGGCGACAAAGUGCUAGUCUUCAGUCAAAGCCUUCUCUCCCUUGACAUCAUUGAGGAUGUCCUGGCAAAGAUCAUGACAAGUAGCUCAGCACAGCAGAUCCAGUCAGCACAUGCAAAUGGAGGAAAGCGGAAAGAUAAUGGAGAGAGCUGA